GACGCGUUGUUCCUCUGACUCGCCUUCAUCGCAGGCGCAUCGCAUUCUUCUGGGAGUCGACACGAAACACACACACCGACAUUUUACACCGAACGGAUAUAUUUACUCGAUCAAACCCAGCACUGUUUGUUGGACGCGCCGAGGAGAGCAGCAGAAUGGGCUGUCGAGAGGUUUUCGUGUUCCUGAUGGUCGCGACAUCGACGCUCGCUGAGGUUCCCUCAGACUCUGGUACCGGACUGCUGGCCGAGCCACAGAUCGCAAUGUUCUGUGGGAAACCCAACUUGCACAUCAACGUUCAGACUGGAAAAUGGGAACCCGAUCCGUCUGGAACCAAGAGCUGUGUCGGCACUAAAGAGGGAAUCCUGCAAUACUGCCAGGAGGUGUAUCCAGAGCUUCAGAUCACGAAUGUGGUGGAGGCCAAUCAGCCGGUCAGCAUCAAGGACUGGUGUAAGAAGGGCCGUAAGCAGUGCCGCAGUCACAUGCACAUCGUGGUGCCCUACCGAUGCCUGGUGGGCGAGUUCGUGAGCGACGCUCUGCUGGUUCCUGAUAAGUGUAAGUUCCUGCACCAGGAGCGCAUGGACAUGUGUGAGAGUCACUUACACUGGCACACCGUCGCCAAAGAGUCGUGUGGCGACCGCAGCAUGAAUCUCCAUGAUUAUGGGAUGCUGUUGCCGUGCGGGAUCGACCGUUUCCGGGGCGUUGAGUUCGUCUGCUGCCCGUUGGAGGAGUCGUCUGACAGCGCAGUGAUGAAGGACGAGGAUGAGGAUGAUGAUUCUGACGUGUGGUGGGGAGGAGCAGAGGCCGAUUACAGCGAGAACAGCAUGACUCGAGACGCGGACGCCGAACCCGCUGUGGUGGAGGAUGACGAGGAUCCAGACGAGGAAGAGGACGAGGCUCAGGACAACGACGAAGAUGGAGACGGAGACGAGGACGAGAAGGAUGACGAGGUCAUCGACGAGCGCCGUGACAACGGGCAGAGCACCAGCGUUGCCAUGACGACCACCACGACCACGACGACCGAGUCUGUGGAGGAGGUGGUGCGAGAGGUGUGUUUUGCGAGCGCAGAGACGGGCCCCUGCAGGGCCAUGUUGCCGCGCUGGUAUUUUGUGCGCGAGGAGGGCCGGUGCGCGCCCUUCAUCUACGGUGGCUGCGGAGGGAACCGCAAUAACUUUGAGUCGGAGGAAUACUGUCAGUCUGUCUGCAGCAGUGUGUUGCCGACUCCCUCCUCCAGUCCUCCUGACGCCGUGGACCGAUACCUGGAGACGCCGGCCGACGAGAACGAACACGCUCACUUUCUGAAGGCCAAGGAGAGUCUGGAGGCCAAACACCGCGAGCGCAUGUCUCAGGUGAUGAGGGAAUGGGAAGAGGCCGAGAGACAGGCGAAGAGUUUACCGCGGAACGACAAGAAGGCCGUGAUCCAGCGCUUCCAGGAGAAGGUGGAGGCGCUGGAGCAGGAGGCGGCCGGUGAGCGGCAGCAACUGGUGGAGACGCACAUGGCUCGCGUGGAGGCGCUCCUGAACGACCGGCGCCGGCUGGCUCUCGAGAGCUACCUGUCCUCCCUGCAGAGCGACCCGCCACGGCCUCGGCAUGUGUUCAGCCUGUUGAAGAAGUACGUGCGCGCCGAGCAGAAAGACCGUCAACACACACUCAA